AUGGAGACUCUGCCUAUCAAAGAGGCCAAAGCCAAGCGGACAAGGACUAACGUGAAGCAAUCUAAGAAUGGCUGUUUGACGUGCAAAGCUCGACGAAUCAAGUGCGACGAAGCCAAGCCGACUUGUCAACGUUGUAUAAGUUCUAAGCGGGAGUGUGGAGGCUACCCGCGUGAUAUUGUCCAGAACUCGUCGCUUAAAGCUUUGUCAAGCUCUUCCUCCUCACCUUCAUCCUCAGACUCGCUGUCAGGUUUAUCAAUAAUAUCAUCUGCUUCCACGCCUAUGAUUACACUUGCAUUCACUCCUCAGCAAUUAUCAAGCCCCUUCGUCGCUCUAGCAUGCAACGUCCUUGUAUCUAGCCCCCGACGAGCCAGGACCGAUAUUGAACAAAACCUCUGGUCUCAUAUUGUACCCCAACUGGCUCAUUCAAUACCCUCUGUGCGAGCCGCAGUCGAAGCUUUUGGCUCCUCCUACAACGAAUAUGUCCUCAAGGUAGACACUCCCUGUCCAGGCCUGGAGACCACCAAACGAUACGCACAGGCUUUGAGGUUGGUUCAGUAUGAUCUUGCUACGCUGCAGUACGGUCCUCUUCCUGCUAUCGUUGCUUGCUUGUUCCUCGCAUGUGCAGAGGCUCUUCAGCAGCGCUUGAACAAAAGUCACCUGCAUCUUCUUGGCGCGUUUUCCCUAUUGUUGUCUGGCGCAGGCAGCAAAGCACUAGCCACCAUCGAUAUCGAGAGUGUGUCUUUCCUCUUCCAAAAGCUUGAUCUUCACGUUGCAACCUAUGGAGUGUGCAAUCCGCCGCACUUCCCUCCUUUAUCUCCGAUUAUGACAGACAGCAUUAUAUCUCUCCCGCCUGAUCGAUCUCUCUACAAGAUUUUACAUUCGUGCUACCACUUCACCGCCCGAGCACAUCAGUACAAGUACACCAAUCGUCGAAUAAUGCCACCUGAACUUCUUAUUGAGCAAGGCCGCCAGAUUGGAACCAUGAAGCAAUGGCUGUCGUGCAAUACUGUGUCAUUACCUUAUGACGUUGAAUCGGAUGAGUCGCUUUUGGUUCUCCGUACUCAAUGUCUCGCUGCGCUGAUCCAUGCAUCCACCAUCCUCGAUCCUCGGGAGACAAGCUAUGACUUCUACGGCCCGGACUUUGAAGAAAUUGUCACUACAAUAGAAGUUCUACUGAUGAGGAAACACUCUCAACAGGAUUCGCAACAUGACAGUUUACCAUCCUUUAUCCCGGAAAUGGGCAUUCUCCAUCCUUUGUACCUUACAGCAAAGAAAUAUCGGAACUCUUACUGGCGCCGAAAAGCCCUGCAACUGAUUCGCAAAUGUGGUAGAGAAGGUCCGUGGUGUGCUGAAACUGAAAGUUCAAUAGUCGAAGCUGUGAUCAAGACAGAGGAGGGAUUGCCCGACAAGGCGUCACUGGAUCUUUCACAGAAUGAAGAUGCCACUACUCAUAAUCCCUCUAACAUCCCCGAGAAAGAUAGAAUUAAUUGCAGCUGGACAAUCGAUCCAGGCAAGGAGGAUGGAGAUUGUACUGUGGUGACUCGUAAGAGAUAUACCAGCGCUGUAAUGUUUCAAUGCAUGGAUAUUGAUGGAAUGCUACAUGAUUCAGAGGGACAGCAACCUCGAGAAUUUCCUUGGGUGGAUUCUAAGUGGUGGAAAACAUGGAUUGUGUCACUUGAGUGA